CCACACUCAAAUCAGAAAACAGAAAACAUAUAAUUAGUAUUUGCUAUUAAUUUACAGAAAGGGAAGAGUAGCAGUAGCCAUGGGAGCCUUCAAGUCUGCUAUCAACUCUUUGAGCUGCUUCCAAGCUGCACUUGUGCUUGUGCUGUUGAUUGCCACAGCAGAGACCCAGAUGGCUGAGGCACAGAGCAGCAGCAGCUGCUCAACUGAGCUCAGCAGCCUCAAUGUUUGUGCACCAUUUGUGGUGCCUGGCUCAACCAACACCAACCCAAGCUCUGACUGCUGUGGUGCUCUCCAAGCCGUCCAUCCUGACUGCCUCUGCAACACUCUCAGGGUCGCCGCUCGCCUUCCCACUCAGUGCAACCUCUCCCCCAUCACUUGUGAUACCAACUGAUGUGCAACUACAAAUGCUGCCGAGAGAAUAAUGUUGAAGUUUCACCGUUUGGCUUAUGUUGUGUUUUGUGUUUGGUUUUCCUUCCUCAAAUGUGUGCUCUGAUCCGUAACGAAGCAAUGUUGUGGGGAUCAGAGACAAAGAUUGAUGUGAUUGAAUAAAAUGGGAAAAUGUUUUCUGCU